AUGUUUGCUGCGGGGACGGAUCCGGGGCAGGAUGUUAGCGCAGCUGCAGGCGCUUUGCUGAUUCCCACGCGCUUUGUUUGGCCGUAUGGAGGAAGGAGGAUCCUCCUCAGCGGUUCUUUCACGAGGUCAUUUUUUUUAUAGAAUAUUUAUCGUUUCUCUUCGGUGUGGAAUAUGAAUAAUUCACGGGGUGACAUGCAUCUCGUGACAGAAACUCGGAAGUUGGAUCUGAGAAAAUGCCCUUUAAAUUUAUUCAUCACGAGUGAUGAAAGACACUCAAGUAUUGUCUGCGAUUUUGCGCAAAUAUAUAUUUUUUAAUGGCUAAGGCUAUCAUGUUUCGAUCCAUUGGAAUAUAGCAGAUUAAUGUGUUCAUUCUUCUUUCGCUUUUAAUUAUGUGAUGCUCGGGCUAAGUUAUAUCUGCACAAAAUGUGGUUCCCAGGUGGUCCGAGCACGUACCAAUGUCCCCAGUUGAGGGUUGCCCCACUGUAUUUCAGGUUAUCUGCAGCUUGACGCCCGGUUUUCAUCAGGUAAUCGUUUUAAUACAGCUUUUUGUUUACAUUAAGUCUUUGAAACUCGGUAAUUGCUCAGGAAAGGGUUCAAAACAUUUCCCACCUAAAUCAAGGAAAAGGAACCCCAGUUCCAUCCCUCGAAAGGAAUGGUGACGGGGAAACAAAUGAAACCAAACGUCAUGAUUAUGGGUCUAGCGCUGUGGGGAAGGUCACUACCAUGAACGGUCAUAUGCCAGGAAAAUAAGCAGAUAAACCUGAAUAUGGGUAAUUCAUAUAUAUUUUUUUCCCCGUGAUAAUAGGGUAGAUUAAUCGAAUAUUUGAAAUGACUUUCAUCGGUCAUUAUGUUCAUAUGCGUAUUGAUCUGCUAUAUCCCCCGAUUCUCUGGGUCAUUAUGUUCCCGAUUCAGUCUCUCUCAUCACUGGGAGAGGGCGGACGUAUGUACAUUUUGAUGUGGCCGUUGAUCUUCAUUCACGAUAACUACUGUGUAUAUAUGAAAAAUAUGUUUUGAACCCGGUCUUGAAGAUGUACAAAAGUACAUGCAAACUUAAAAUUAUCAGUGCAUGCCUAGGUGCUUGCAUCACAUUAUAGACUACCGUAUUAUGUUAAUCUGAAUAUUUUUUCCGUUUAUUAAUGCAGUACAAAUUUUUUGUUGAUGGGGAAUGGCGGCAUGAUGAACGCCAACCCUUUGUGACCGGGAAAUAUGGGACAGUGAAUACUGUAUUUGUAUCAAGGGAGCCCGAUCCUGUGACUCCAAUCCCCGGAGUUGAUACCCCCACCAGCAGAAUGAACGUGGAUGUGGACGAUGAAAUGCUUCAGCGUAUGGUAAGUUGAAUUCGAUGUACCUCAACCUAUAUCGGGAGCAUUGUAUUUCACCUUUCCAUAAUUUGUGGCUAGGUCGUUUUGUUUGUCCUCAUUAAUUUGGAGUUAUUUUUAUUUGAGAUACUAUUGUAUAUAAAAAAAUAUUAUUUCCAUAUGCUUUUUGGUGAUCCGGAAUAUUUUUUUGGCACUGAAUGGGUCAUCUAUUGAAAAAAUUUCUUACCAAAUGUAUUCCUUGUUCUCUUAGAAACUGUAUAGAAGUGGUGUUAAGUGGAUGUAUCAUCAUGACGAACAAUUCAUAUUAGUUCCCAUUGCAUAAAUAUCCGAGUAGAAUGUGAGGGAUAUAUGUCAACAGUCGGACGCUUUGUUCUAUUCUUCACACUGUCGGCAAAUGGCCUGUAUUUCCUACUCUCUGAAAUCACUGAGAAAUGGAAAAGGAUACGUCAGCGAAAUGAUAGUUCUACCAUACUUCUCAGAGGAAUUACUAUUAACUGAGCUCAGGUCGUCAUUUACUAUUGCAAAAUAAGAAGUAUAAUAAGUCUUUCCCAAUUCAAUGUCUUACGUUUAUUUGGUGAGUAUUACGAUUCAUCCAAGCCAUUCAUGCUGCAUUUGGUUUCUUUAUCAUCCUGAUUUAUCUUUGAGUCAGUGUAUAAAGUAUUCUGCUUUAGUAUAUUUAUAGACUCAGAGAAAUAUGGAUUGCCAUAUUUUUUCCUCGUGGUCUCUGUGCAUCAGCUGUGUCUGACGCAGUGCUUAUUUUUUAUGCAUGUCUGCACCAGCUGUAUUGCAGACACUACCCCUACAAUUUCGCUGAUAUUAUCUCCAUGUCCUGGCAUAUGGUGCUUUGCCAGGGGCGUCCACUGCAUGAGUUUUGAUUAGCCAUUCGUAGGGAACAGGCAUCUGUUUCUUGAAACUGAUAAUGAUGAAAAAAUUCCGAAAUGUUGUAUAUUUUGCGAAGCUACAAAUUAAAUAUACAGGUUAGGUCACUCCAUUUCUGUAGGACGUUCUAUAUGUGGAUGUUAUCUUCUUGAUUGUGAACGGGAUUGACAAGUGGUUCGCUAGAGCUUCGGUAAUAUAAUAUUUUGCAUUAAUAUGUUGUUCUAUGAUGGAUUUCAAAUUUUGUAGUAUUAUUGUUAAUUUUCCCACCAAGAUGAUCAUGGCUGUCGUUGGCAUCAUACAGGAUGUCUCUCUAAGGGUUCCAGAAGCUGACAUUGAUGUAUCACGGCAUCGAAUAUCUUUAUUCUUGUCAGCACACACGGCUUAUGAAUUGCUUCCAGAUUCUGGCAAGGUUUGAAUGCUUCUGAUUUUGCAGGAGUUGUAUCGUUUAUAAUUUCUCUUUUUAUUAUCGUACCUUUGAGUGCGUUGCUGUUUUAUCAUGAUCAUUUCAGGUUACUGCACUCGACAUUAAUUUGCCUGUGAAGCAAGCAUUUCACAUCCUAUAUGAACAGGUUAGUUGUUACCUUGCCAUUUGGUGCAAUGAAGUGCUUUCCUUCUUUAGCUGAGUUAUUCUGCAAAAGGGAAACAAAAUCAUUCAGAGUGGCCGAAGUAGUGUUUAUUCUUUGUCAAUGAUUGCCUCAUUCUUUUAGUGGUACUCAGAAUUGGUGAUUUAACAAUGAUAACUGAAUGAACUUGCACUUUGUGUUUAUUUGCUGAUUGAUGGCCUUAUUUGCAUGGUGUUUAAGUGUUUGUUAGGAACUUUGGUCGUAGGUGUUUUUCUUCUUAGUCCAAGCAUGCCAUUGUACCUUGCUAUGUUUUUUUAUUCUUUUCACAUGAAAAAUUCCUUCCUCUUUUGGAAGAUUAAUUAAACGUUGGACCUGCAUGUCACUACUCUAGUCAGGUGCAAGGAUUUGACUUUUAUAUGAAACAAAUGUUCUUUCAUAGAUUGACUGUUUUUUCAUCCUUUACCUGUGUCUAUUUAGAUUCUUCCUCUUUCAAUCAAACGCAAACACACACACAAAAACAGCAAACUGAUGAUUUUUUGUGCCUUCCUGCUGUAAAUUAUGUGUCCUUGUUUAUUUCUAUUUUUUAGGUAGAUGAGAGUUAAAAUAUUCCUGAGAUGUCUUCUUCAUUGCUGAUGCUCGCUCCCCACAAAAAAACCCUUAUCCUCUCUUCUUUUUUUCUGGGGAGGGGGGAGGGGGGAGGGGGGAGGGGGAGGACUAUGGUCCGAAAUGGAUGGAGAUGACACGUCAAUCAUUGUCUUAUUGUUAUAAAAUUCACCGAUGCAUUAGGGGUCUUUGACUCUGUCUCAUUUUGCUUGAGGAAGGAUCCAUUACGUUAGGAAAAAAAUUCUUCUCGUGUAUGGCAAUUGGCAUGUUCGCCCAUUUCAUUUAGUGAAGUUUGUGGGUUUGAAUGCAUAAGGGAGCAUAAACCAGUGUCAGGGACGUGCAGAAAACUCCUUGAAUCUUUCAUAGUCAUUGUCUUUGGAAUCUGUUAUGGCACUUUUUCUAAGCAGUGAAAAUUAUAUUGCACUUAAUCAGAGUUAUUUUUGUGUAUUAAUUAUGGUCUCUUUCAUCAAACUCUCGCUCCAUGGCGGACUGCAAAGUCCAAAAAUGUAUUCAUGAAAGUAGCUUUUCAGCAUCUGUUUUGAAAACGUUCAUAUCAAAUUUCUAGAUUCCCAGUUUUGGAUGACUUUCGAUAUGUCAUAUCUCAAGGACUGUACCAUUUUAAAAUGGUGAUAGCAUUUCGACUUAUGCCAUUGACUUAAUUUGACCUGCAACAAACCGAUGAUGGCUUUAAAGAAAUCACAAGGUGUUUGUUUUACUUCUCUUUUUAUCAUAAGUGACUUUUCGUUUUGGUGUUUAGAAUUCGGAUCAUGUGUAGUCAUAUUAGCUACUAAUAUGGACUCUUUUGAGUUUCUUUUUUGCGUUCCUAAACAUUAUGUCCUUGCAUUUCUCUUUUGUUCAUGACGUUUUCAGGCGUCUCCUGUGGCUCCUUUGUGGGAUUCCUACCGGGGACAGUUUGUUGGAGUGCUUAGCGCAAUGGACUUUAUAUUGAUCUUGAAAGAGGUAUUAAUCUUGAGAGGGUUAUGUAAUGAGAGUUCAAACAUCGUUUUACAAGCAAUGUUUUAUUUGGUACUAGAACGUUACCAAAUAACUCAUCAUAUUGCCACAUUUUCGUUAAGAGAUGAAAAACGCAAUGGCAAAACUCUCCAAAUAUGUUUUUUUUUUAUUCUUCACGUGAGAUCUGUGAAAUGGAGUAUGAGCAAUUUUUUCGAAAAUAUAAUUGCUUUGUCAAACGAUUUAAAAUAUUAUUUGAUUGAUCGACGUUAUUUCCUUUUUUCCCGUUAUAUCACUUCGUUUUAUGAAAUGAACUUCUCAUUCUUGCCAUAUCUGAGGAUUUGAAAAUGGAUUGCUUCUUAACAUCCAUGACUGGUAGGUUACUGCUAUGUUCUUGUCAGAUAGAAAUUUCUUUAAACAAGGUCAGCAACAAUGUCCUAUGGGCAAGUUGAUGCUACUCCCUUUCUACGGGUAGACUUGACCUAAGUAAUUUCUAUGUUUAAUCUUCUCCGAUCUUUACUUGCCUUUCUGUUGUCCUGUGGAUCAUGCCGGGGACAUUUUGUCAUUUGGUUGGUGCCUUCAUUGGUUCUUUGUUCAACUAGCUAUCUUAUUUUUUCGCCUUCUGCUUGAUUGAUGUUUCUGACAGCAGAGAAAGAUAACCUUUAAUGGGCGUGCCUCACUUCCUCCUAUUAUUUUCUUUGAAACCGAAAGAGUUUUUUUCAACCUUUUUGGGUGCAAACAUCUAGGAUUUCUUUAUGUCCUGAGGAAGUGAAGCAAUGGUUGAUUCACAAUCAACAAUUAGCCCGACUGGUCAUAUAUACUAAGAACCUAAUUUUUAGCAACGUAAGGAGAAUUAAAGUAACCUAGGGUGGAAGUUUAUGGCACCUUAAAAGUAAUCAAAGUGAGCAAAAACGGAGGUUUGUAUUUCAAUGUUAAAUGCAUUUAAAUGCACACUACUGAUAACUUGUAAACACUCUUCUGGGCUGUAUCUAUCCUCUGUUUGAGCAAUGUUUCCACCAUCCUGUUGGCAUGAGUUCAUGGUCGGGGGUAAGUGGGGAUGAGGAAAAAUAAAUGAGAGAUUUUUCCUACAAAUUCACCUGUAGAUGGUCUAUAGAAUUUGUUUGCGGUCAUUACAUUUUUGAAAGGACUAUAAGUGCAUGGAACGAUGAGGAUUGCUUUGUGGGGGCACAAGAGAAUGCGUGGAAGUGGUGGGUUACUGCUAAAUAAUUGUGGAGAUUUUUGAACGAAGAGAAGAUCUGGUACACCAAAUCUCAGUCGAAAACACUAUUGUUAGAUAAUUGUGCAUUCUGCCUGAAAUCAAUCAUCACUUCCCCCCCCCCUCUGGAGGAACAGUACGCUGGAGUCAGACUACUGGCAAGAUUACUGGUGUCUGCUUUCGUGUCAUAUCAUCUGGACAAUGACGAAUCUAUCAGCUGCUGCCAAGAUACUGGCGCAUUGAGGAUGAUUUGUCAUUCUAAUCCGAUAAUGAGCCAGGCCGGCGGACGAGCAUCGUGAUUAACUAGCCCGUAUUUUAGCCUAAAAAAAUAAUGUUCUUUAUCGAUCCAUUUGUCUUCGGUUAUUAAUUGACGGGGACAUCAUAUGUAGAUCUCUUUUCCGUCUGUUAUCUGGUUGACUUUUGUGAUGCAACUGCGAAUCCGAUACUCUCUUCUUUCUGGUACAUUGCAUUUUUUUUUUAUUCUUAUAUCACGGACAUGCAUUCUUCUCGUUUGCCGCAGCUUGGAAAUCAUGCCUCAAAUCUGACGGAAGAAGAGCUUGAAACUCACACUAUAUCUGCUUGGAAAGAGGGAAAGCAGCAGAUCUGGAGGCAAGCCGAUGGGCAUGGUAGACAGUCUGGAAAGGGCCUAAUUUAUGUAAGUCUCCAUCUACGACAACAGAUCCUUUAACUGUAAUAUUGACUCCUGCACGGAAAUAAAUAAAUCAUAACAAGGUUUUCAUUACAAUUUUUUUCUCGUGUAUUUUACUUUAUUUCCGCGUACAUUCUAUUUAUUUACUACCGUACUGCACAGUUCUUCCGUUUAGCACCCGGAUUUCUUAGCCCACUUCUACUAUUAUUCUUGUCGUUGCCGGCUUUAAUCAUUGGAUAAAAGCAUUAUUGCAGAGUUUAAAGAAUAAAUAAAUUUUCAGGAGAAUUCGUUGUGAAAUAUUGUCAGAGAAACCUCGCCAUUGAUUCUUGCCUCCACUUUGCACAGGGGGGUCCCUACGAUUCAUUGAAAGACAUAGCUAUGAAGAUCCUGCAGAACGAGGUGGCCACAGUCCCGAUCAUCCACUCCUCUGCAGCCGAUGGGUCGUUUCCUCAGCUGCUGCAUCUCGCAUCUCUUUCAGGAAUCCUGAAAUGUAAGUUCUUCUCAUAACUAUAUACAAUUGGAUUCUUCCCUCGCGGCGCAUCGCCGGGCGUGCCGGUCCCUGAGCCCUUCCGGCCUCCAUGGCGCAGGUAUCUGCCGGCAGUUCCGGCAUUCUGCGAGCUCCCUGCCGAUUCUCCAGCAACCGGUGUGCGCAUUCCGCUUGGGCAGCUGGGUCCCGAAAAUCGGAGACACCAACGAGCGUCCUCUGGCCAUGCUGAGACCGAAUUCGCCGCUCAGCGCCGCCUUAUCUUUGCUAGUCCAAGGUAAAGUCUCUUCUCCUAGCAUCCCGGAAGGGGAGAUCUUCAUUUCAUCCCUUGCUUUCUGUAGUCAAACGUCUUGCGUUUCAUCCCUGGCAGCUCAAGUUAGCUCAAUCCCAAUAGUCGAUCAUAAUGACUCGUUACUGGAUAUUUAUUGCAGGAGGUAUUUAUUUCCCUCACUUUUGCAGAGAAUCAGGUUCAGUUUUUGCCAUUUAUUUUUUUCUUUUUUUAGAAAAAAAAAUGCUCAAUUGGUUCUUCUCACAGUGACAUCACCGCUCUGGCCAAGGACAGGGCCUACGCUCAGUUUCACCUCGAUGAGAUGAGCGUUCAGCAGGUGUGUGCACUCUCCAUCUCCCAGCUCAGCCGGCUCCCAUCUCCCAUCUGCUUUCUCUCUCCAACCUCCUUUCUCCCGUCUAUUGGGAUCUCCAGGCCUUGCAGCUCGGGCAAGACGCUAGUUCCCCAUUCGGCAUCUUCAACGGGCAGCGAUGCCAGAUGUGCCUCCGUUCCGAUUCCCUGCAGAAGGUGAUGGAGAGGCUGGCCAACCCCGGUGAGUCCAUCCAUCCCCAUUUCCUCUCUCUCUCUCUCUCUCUCUCUCUCUCUCUCUCUCCUGCAAUGGGGCUUCCAUCUCCUUUGCAGGGGUCCGGCGGGUCAUCAUCGUGGAGGCUGGAAGCAAGCGAGUGGAAGGGAUCAUAUCUCUGAGCGACAUGUUCAGGUUCUUGCUUGGGAUCGGUUGA